AUUAUUGUAUCCUAUGUAUUAGAUGUCAACCGUAGAAACACGAAAACACGUGAAUAUUUGGCCUUCAAUUCAAACACAACAGUGACGAAAGCCAAGAUUUGGAUACCAUGAUGGUGGGGGUCAUGUGACCGGGGGUUUCCGCCGACCUUUUGAACUUGGCUCAGCGUUGCAUUUCUGUUCCCGCCACUCGCUUGCCGCGGCUUGAUGCUUCAAUUACCGACUGUUGAUGAGGGUAUGGCUUUGAUGAUGGACUUGGUGACGAUACAGAUGACACAUUGUCGCCCCUCCAGAGACUACAGAAAUAUCUUGACAGCGACAACAUCUUCAACAGACAAAUGGUUGCCCGAGGCUUGCUGGACACGCUCAGAGCAGUUGGCACCAAUGAAGAGGAGGCACAUGCUGUCCUUAAAGCUAUGGUCAAAAUCUCGGAGGAUUCGGAACCAACAGUACGAUCCGAGUUGAUGGAGCAAGUGCCCCAUAUAGCAGUGUAUUGUCAGGAAAACAUAGAAACCUUUGAAAAUGCUGUGCCAACAUACAUCCUGCCAAUGGUUGUUCGGUAUCUCAACGAUGGCAAUAACCAGGUGCGGAAGACAAGCCAAGCUGCUCUCCUUGUUCUGCUAGAGCAAGAGCUUGUGGACAAAGCCGACAUCGAGGAGCAGGUAAUCCAAGUGAUCUUGGAUCUGGCUUGUCCAGACAGUCUGGAUGACUACAGAACAGAGGCAGUGGCUUUGAUGAGCAAGAUGGCACCUCUUCUUGGGAAGGACAUCACAGAGCGUCAAUUCCUGUCUCGAUACUGUGAGAUGUGCACAGAUCCACUCUUCCAUGUCAGAAAGGUUUGUGCUGCAAAUUUUGGAGAACUAUGUGCAGUUGUAGGAACUGAAAACACAGAAGAACAUAUGCUCCCCAAGUUUUAUUAUCUCUGUGAGGAUGGAGUCUGGGGUGUACGGAAAGCAUGUGCAGAGUGUUUCAUGAAUGUCUCCUGUGCAUCAUCGUUAGAAGUCCGACGAAAUGACCUGGCCAGUCUCUUUGUAAAUCUACUCUGUGACCAGUCAAGAUGGGUGAAGAUGGCUGCCUUUCAACAGCUGGGACCAUUUAUCUCGACCUUCGCUGACCCGAACAGCACUGGUUUGGUGGUGAACGAGGACGGCAGUAUCACCUUCAUCCACCCUGAUGGUGAACAACAGACUGAAGUGGAGGCAGAGAUGAGCUUGAAACGAGCUGCCAAAGAAGCUUUGGGCUGUGAUAUCGAUGACCUGGAAGCUGAGCUCUUCAGGGACGAGAGAGAAAGUGAAGACGGCUGUUCAGAUCCUACUGAUUUGCGUGAGGAGAACAUGGAGAUUGAUGCUGUGGAUGGUGGGGAGGAAGAAGUAAAAAAGGUGAAAACUAGAGCUAAAACAACGAAAUCUGCUGUGGAAGAUCAAGAAAGGUCUGUAGAAGAGAUGCGAGCUGAAAAGUAUGAGAACAUUAUCAAAGUUGUAGAAGAACCAGUGGCCACUGAUGGCAGUGAAUCAGCAGUGACUCUGGAACAGAUCGGGGAGUCAACAGAUGGUGAUGUGAAAGACGGUGAUGCUGCUGUGAAACCGGAAAUGGAGAAGUUGGAGGGUGAGAAGUCAGCUGAAGAGGCUUCUCCGGAAAGUGAUCCUGAUGCUUUGGAAACAAAAGAGGAACAGACCGAGGACCAACAGAGAAAGGAGGAAGAGGAGACUGAAGUAAGUGAAGACAAAUCAAAUGUAAAGACAUCUACCUCCUGUGCUGCAGAGGCUGAGAAUUCCUUGGUGUCUGUAGAAGAUGGGGAGGAGGCUGCUGGCAGCCAUGUAGGACAUUCAGAAAAAACACAUGUACAUAUUGACAGCACAGAGUCUUUCAAUUCUUUCCAAUUCUGGCGCCCACCGUUCCCCCAAGUUGACCUGGAUUUUGAUUUGGUCGACGGAGCUCCAACCAACAUUCACAUUACUGCAAAGGUGCAGGACGACGAUAAAAAGGUCUAUGCAACAGAAAUGAAUGUGGCCGUGUCUGCAAGAGGCCUAGAGGAUGUGUCCACGAGCAUAGCUCAGAUGCAUGCAAGUGAGAAGGCAACACCCGUUGUUCAGACUACUGCUGUGGAGCAGGCUGGCGUGAAGAUCCACACAGCUAGCGUGAGCACUGUUAGCGAGGCAGAGACAGUUAGCCAUAUCGGCAGCACCCACGUGAUAGGGCAGCAGAUCAAUGAAGUGCCUAUGGCCGUAGUGGAUGGUGUUGUUCAAGAUCUAAGUACCAGUAGUAUAAGCUACAUUGAUAGCGAGUUAUCCUUGUCUUCCCACGACAGUCUUCGUGAACAGUCACUCAUAGAUGACGCCACUCUAGCUCAACAACAGGACAUUGUGCCGCAGUCUCUCCUAGAGAACUACCUGGGCAUGGUUGACCCUUCCCGUGCCCAGACUGUGGACACCGAGAUCACUCGGCACUGUGCCUACAAUCUCCCUGCCGUGGCCUACACACUCGGCAGACAAAAUUGGCACUGCAUUAAAAACCUGUAUGAAACUUUGGCCCAAGAUAUGCAGGUAAAUGAGUGGAAAGUUCGAAGGACUUUGGCUUUCUCGCUUCAUGAAAUGGCUAUGAUCCUUGGUGAAGAGAUCACCCACAAGGAUUUGGUGCCGGUGUUUGAUGGCUUCUUGAAAGAUUUAGACGAAGUUAGGAUAGGUGUUCUUAAGCACCUAGCUGAUUUUCUGAGGAUGCUACGGCCUGAUGUUCGAAGGCGCUACCUGAAAAAGGUGCAGGACUUCAUGUCUACAGAUAACCAUAGAAACUGGCGCUUCAGGCUGGAGCUAGCUGUCCAGCUGGUUCUCCUGUGUGAGCUGUACAGCCCUCAAGACAUCCGCCAGUAUAUCGUCCCCAUGUCCCUUGCCUUAGCUUCCGACAAGGUCUCCGAGGUCAGACACAUGGCCUACAGGCUGCUGAGCAUAAUUCUACAUAGGAUGUUUGAGGAAAAUGAAGAGAACCUUCUGAGGGCACUGGUGUGUGAAGUUAUUGACAAAUUUGCCUUGAGUGCCCGCUGGAUCGGGAGACAAAUAUUUGCCCAAAUCUGCCAUGUGAUCCUGGAAGAGAAUUCACUACCUCCUGCGAUGUUUGCUGAGGAACUUCUUCCAAGCCUUUUAAAUCUGGGAGUAGAUGCAAUACCCAAUGUACGCCUGUCUAUGGCUAAAGUCCUAGCACAAUGCAUUGUGCCUUUAGAAUAUUUCACGUCGCAACGGAACCCUCAACAUGAAGAGCUGAUAGCUACCUUGCAGAAGCUGCAGGCAGACACAGACCGGGAUGUUCGCUUCUUCGUCUCGCAGCAUCCCGAGACAACUCUCUCGUCCCCGCAUGACACAGUGAGUGACACUGACAGUCAGAAAUGCUUUAGCAUUGCCACGCCAGGAAAUGCAUAUGAAGUAGAUCUUGAACAAGUUAGGUGCCUGUUUAACCUGCUGUGAUCGCGUCACCAUGGUGCUCAAACACUCAAUGGGGUAACUACGUCUCAGGUGGACAACAAAUGGCGGGGAACUUGACACUCAAGGGAGGCAACUGUGAAACAGACCUCUCCACACUGUACAAAUGUAAAUUUACAUCCAACUGGCUGUGAUGAUGAAGUAUUUACAUGAUGAUGCACAGGAUAUGUUACAGCGCUGCACAUAUCUUGUGGCUAGCUGCACAAUAUAGCGAUUCCAAUGAAUAUCUGUUGUCACCUAUGAGUGAAUUUAGCCUUGUUGGCUUCCCUCUAGUAUGUAUGUCCUGUAAUCCCUACACAUUACCCUUCCACUUAAGAUGUUCUAUACUCUGUUUACUAUCUUCACAAUUAACUGAAAGUAGUUCAUGAAUGAAAUAUUUUACAGCAAUUUCAAAAUCUGUGUAUUGCACUGAGAAGAUUGUUUGAUUUGAAAGUUGCUUAGGCAUAAUCCUUGUAUCAACGGUUUAUUGCACUGAUGUAUUCUUUAUGUGAAUGUUUUGUCAAGAGCUGUAGGUGGUUUUCAAAUUGAGUGUAUCUGAGUCUAGGAAUGCUUGUCCACAGCUAAAAGUGUGUUUUGAAGGAAUAAAACGAAUUCAAUAUAAGUCAAGUUGGACAAUCACCUUGUAUUCUUGUGAAUAUCUGUUACCAAAGCGACACUACAGUCUUUCUUAGCUUUGUAGUUGUAUCAAUAAUAUAUUGACAAUGUUAAUGUUUUACUUGAUCUGAAGAUUACAGUAUUUUGCCAGUGAUAUUAUUGACAAGUUUUUGCUUCAAGUUUCCAAGUGAUUCACUUCACUGUAGAUGAUAUGAGUGACGAGUUUUGACAAUGUAGCGAGUGACUAGGAUGUAGUCUUUAGUUUGCAAUCAUUGAAGUCCCAUCUAGAAGUAAGACUAACAGUAUCUCAGGUUUCACAUAGCUGCUGAAAUGUCUCUGGAGUUAUCUGCAUUUCCGUUCAUCCUUCAUUCCUUGGGCCGAGUAGUUGCUAUUGUCUUGUCGAGCAAAGAAUAAAAGCAUCCGGAAAGUCUGCUUGAAUGACAUUGAUGUUGAAUGGCAUCUUGUAUGGUGAAUGAGUUGUGCAUAUCAUUGAAAACGGUUCCAAAUUGUCUCGACAUGUUUGAGGUUGACUUGGGACACUUGGGAAGUUGUUGAUGGUAUGUUAGCAGUACUGAGGCAGCUUUCCUUGCCAUUUAUCCAGUUACAUUUCAUCAAUAUGAUCUACAAGAUUUCAAGAUGUAAACCACAUUAUUUCAAUCUAAUGUACCUCUAUUUGUUAUUUGUUAACCAGACCACAAUUGUCAAUAUCUCAGCUCUGCAUACAUUGGUACAUAAGUAGCACGACAGUACGACCAUUAGCUUUUUACUCACCCGAAAUUUCCUGUCUAUUUGCUAUAAUUUUCCACAGGGAAAACUGCUUAUUGUUAUGUUAAUCUGAAGGUGUAGAUACAUAUGAAAUAGGCUUUGUAAAACCAAUUACAAAUGAAGCUUUUUACAUCAGACCCUCAAGGAAAAUAUAACCUCCUGAACUAAACAGACAUCUUGCGAAGAAAAUUUGAAGUGUAUGUCUCGAAAACAGACCAUCUCGUAUUUCUUUAACUCCAAAGAAUGUAAGGUCCGUGCAUAAAAUACAUCCAUUAUGGAUUCCUCGUUUCUUUAAGCUGUUGCUCACUUUCAGUACUGAACUUGUAUCUUUAAGUGGCCUAUCAGAUGCCGUAGUAUCUGCUGACAGUUGAUUUGAGGAUUUCAACUUCUUUCAAUGCAAGUUGCUCUUACUUUAUAAAGAUUCUGGUUUGUGUACCAAAAAGUCAUUGAAAAGAAGUUGAAAUCCAUCUCGUCUGUCGUUAUACCUUUAGAAUUUUCAGUAAGUGCCUUAACUAAAGGUGCCAUCAGUAUGAAUCAACAGGCAAAAAUACGGAGAUAUUUUAGGGCAUGAUAUUGUGUGAACUUGCUCCUCUGAUUUGUGUUGACUCUCCCUCCAUGAACAUAAUAGAAGUCAACUGUUCAUUAUUAACUGCAUACUGUGUGAGACUCGGUGCAGAGCAUUAGCUACACCUUUUAUAUAUCCUGUAAUGCAUUGGAAAUUAAUGUGUUCUAGCACAUGACUGAUUAAUAAUGUUCAUGGAAUGUAGGCCACUUGUUCUGCUCUUUGAUAUGGAGACCAAAUCACAUUUUAUAUACUAAAUAAUAUCUUUGGUGCAUGUAUUAGUCACUUUACAGUUCUAGUUCAUUAAGUCUUCUGUGCAAGAUCUUGUCCAAACCAUGCCAAAGUGAAGAUCUCAUUACGGCUGAUUUUUAACUGAUAGUUAGUGUUACAUAGUUUCCAUAACUUGGAGUGACCAUACAUGUUAAUUUCCAAUGCUGCAGUCUCAAGCACAACUUGCCUCUGAAACAUACUUAGCAUAGAAGCUUUUGGAGUAGCUACAGCCCCAGGCCCCUCUUGUGUCGUGUUGAAUGUGGUGUGUGUGUUCGCGUGUCUGUGCACUGCUACACAGAAAGCGUCUUUCAACAAAGUCUUUCAAGUUGCUGCUGAAUGCAUGGGCAGUUGGGCUGAGCAUUGUGCAAAUGUCAAACGAAAUAUUCCAGAUGGGCGACAUGUUUUUAGCAGAAUAUUGUAAUUUACUCUACCAAGUUUUGUAUUUUAGAUGUUGUACAUUCAGAUAAUGCCAAAUGGUCAAAAAAGGGAUUUAUUUAUUAUAUUUGUUUCAUAUGAGCAAAAAAAGGUAAAAUAAAAUUUUACUUUCACUAA